GUAAUCACAUUAGUUCAAAAUUCUGUUUACUCGAUCAAUUGUAAUCCUACAUAAGAAUUAUUAUUAUUUAUAAUUCAUAGAAGAUUAAUUUAUAUAAGAGUUCACUUUAAAAUAUUUUCAAAUAAACAAUGGCUGCUGAUAACUAUCGAUUUGCUGAAAGCGAUAGCUUAUUAUGUUAUCAUGGGCCUAUGUUAUAUGAAGCAAAGUGCUUGAAACGACGUAAAACUGCUGAUGGAAAAGCACAAUAUUUUAUUCAUUACAAAGGUUGGAAUAGUAAAUGGGAAGAAUGGGUUGAUGAUGACCGAGUAUUGGCUGUAAAUACAGUCAAUAUGAAUAAGAUGGCUUCUUUGAAAGCAUUACAUUCAAAUUCUAAAAAAAGUGGAGGAAAACGUUCAGUUUCCUCAAUUAUUGUCAAAGAAGAAACUGUCCGUAAUACUACACCACCUGUAACUAAAGGAAAAAAACGUAAACAUUCUGAACUUUCUGAAUCAAACCAAAUUAUGAAUAUAUCAUCCCCAGCAUCACCGGCAUCCCCUGUACCAAAAAAACGAGGGCGUCCUCCUAAAGUAAAUUCUUCUAGUUCAAAAAUUGAAGGUUCAAAAGAAAACAUUAAAAAAAUUACAUUUGUUGUGCCAGCACCAGUGUCUCUAGCUACUACAAUUCCAAAAUUAGAUAUACCUCUUAAAAUAAAACAAAGAAUUGCAUAUGAUUGGAAUAUGAUAAAUACAUUUAAUAGAUUUUUGAAAAUACCAUCCAAAUAUUCUGCUGAGCAUGUUAUAGAAGACUACAUCAAUUCAAAAUCUACUACAAAACCUAUGUACAAAGAACGUGCACUCAAUAUUGGUUUAUCAUUAAUGCAAUAUUUCAAUGUUUUAGUCAAUACUCAAUUAUUAUACCCAAUAGAACGCGAGAUUGAUGUUCAAGUAAAAGCUUUAUCUUUGCUAUCAGAGAAAGAGAGUCAUACAGGUUAUAAAUUUAAGUACCAGAAAAAUAUGUAUCCUAAGGAAUUUUGGUGCUCAGUAUAUGGACCAGUGUACCUUUUAAGAAUGUGUGUUAAAUUGCCAAGUUUAUUGUCAUCAAUGUGGUACAGUGAAAAACAAUUGGCAUUUAUAGUAGAUAAUUUCCACGACUUUUUAAAGAUAACUCUCAUUUAUAUUUUUGUACCAGAAGUCUAUCACCUUUCAACACUCUGUUGUAAUAUAUAUGCUUUAAAUUUAAUAUAAAACUUAAAAAAAAUAUGACGAAAAAGAAUACAAUAGUUGCUGCUUAUUAUAAUCAUGGUUAAUGCUAUCAAAAAAUGUAAGUAAUGGGACUAUUGUAAAACUAAUUAUGUACUAUUUGUAAAUGUGUUAAAAAUGUUAUCAAUCGGGCUAAAAAUUAUAUGCAUUUAUAAAUUUUGUUUGAGACUUUUUAUAAGAUCCCAAGUUUGACCAUCGUUGUCAUAUAAUUAUGUAGUAACUUAGAAAUAUUUUUCGUUUGGAGGAGGGUAAAUCAUCCCAAAAUGCUAUAACUUUGGUAAAGACACAUUACUAAGUGUUCAAGUAAAUUAAUAACACAUCAGUAGAUACACAUUAUAAGUAAUCUAAAACAUAUAGUUCAGUGAAAAUAUAACACAGAACCAAAAUAUUUAGUAACAACUUUCAAUAAACUUGAGGUUAUUAUUAUAUCAAUUUUAACAUGUUCUUUCAAAUACUUUUAAUGUUAUUAAGUCACAUAAAAUUGAAUUUAUCAAAGUAAUAUUUCAGAAAAAAAUAGAAUUAGUUUAAAAUAACUACUCUUAGGAAG